AUGUGGUGGGCCAUAGCUCUUCUUUUCAUUACUGUAUUGGCCACCAAGAUCACAAGAGCAAGAAUCACCAACAUUGAUCCACAGCGUACAACAGGCCAACUUCCACCCAUGGUGAAUGGACUUGCUCUCCUAGGAUUAUUACCUACCCUUCUGAAGAAGGGUCUACCACCUAUGGUCAAUUAUCUAUAUGUUAACUAUGGCAGUGUCUUCACUGUAAGUUGCUUUGGAGUGAUCAAGGUAACACUCUUGAUCGGGCCAGAGGCGACGACUCAUUUCUUCCAAGGUUUGGAGUCAGAGAUUAGCCAUGGUAAUCUGCUUGAGUUCACAGUGCCCAUGUUUGGCAAGGCAGUUGGUUAUGGUAGAGAUACCGCCACCCGAAUGGAACAAAUGCGCUUCCACAGUGAAGCACUGAGGGCAUCCAGGUUAAGGAGCCAUGUUUCUCCAAUGCUUCAAGAAGUGGAGGUCCGGGAGAAUAUGUUUGAUGAAGUCUACACACUUUUUCGCGAGAUCGAAAAGGGUGUGACCUUGAUCAGCUUCUUGUUCCCAUAUCUCCCAACUCCAGCAAACUGGCAGCGUGAUAGGGCGCGUAUAAGGCUAACAGAGAUCCUCUCUAAUGUUGUCGAGUCCCGUAAGAGCUCCGGGCGAGUGGAGGAGGACACGCUGCAGAAACUGAUUGACUCCAAGUACAAAGAUGGUCGCCCUACAACAGUAGAAGAGGUAGUCGGGUUGAUCAUUGGCUUGCUGUUUGCUGGAAAACACACCAGCUCUCAUACUAGUACUUGGACUGGAGCUCGUCUUCUCAGCCAUCCAGCCUUCUUAAGAGCUGCCAUUGAGGAGCAACAUCAAGUCGCCAAGAAAUACAAGGACGGACUAGAAUACAAUGCCUUCUUAGAGAUGGAUACGCUGCAUAAUUGCAUCAAGGAGGCGCUGCGGAAGAACCCUGCGACACCACUGCUGGUUCGCAGGGUCCAUAAGCGCUUCACGGUGCAGACGAAAGAAGGCCAACAAUAUGACAUCCCGCAGGACUACAUCGUAGCAACUCCUACUAUAGUAAACAACAAUAUCCCUUACAUUUAUACGGACCCUCAGGUGUAUGAUCCAAAUCGGUUUGGCCCCGAAAGAAGAGAGGACAAAGUGGGUGGCAAGUUCUCUUACACAUCAUUUGGUGGUGGAAGGCACGUUUGCACCGGAGAGGCUUAUGCUUACAUGCAACUCAAAGUGAUAUGGAGCCAUUUGCUGAGGAACUUUGAUCUCGAAUUGGUCUCUCCCUUCCCUAACACAGACUGGAGCAAGUUCUUGCCAGAUCCACAGGGAAAAUUACUCGUGAGAUAUACGAGAAAUGGAAUUUAA